UAUUGAUCAGAUUGGGUGAGCGCGAGGCGUGAGCAUGCUGUCUUCGAGUCCAGAUCGGGAUUGCGAAUCGGUGUCCCUUGUAGGAAAAUCCGCUGCAGCAGUUCAAUAGUGUAGAGACGACCGAAUGGCGAGAAGGCCUACUAAGCAGUACCCGUUUGUUCUCGAGAUCAAUAUCAGCCGAUGAAGAAUUGCGGAGAUGUGCGUAUCCUCCCGCCGCCAUAACCAUGAUGGUAUCGAGGAGGAACUUCGCAACAAGUAACCGGCCAAAAGAUUCCUAAGCUGAAAUCACCCUCGAGUCGGAGUCUUGUCAUACUUGACCUGUAACCAUGCGAACCCUCCCGAGAACCACCCGUGGCCUUGCCAUGGCAACUCCCUUGCGCACAUUUGCCACCCGCGCAAGCACGGUCGACGCACUCCGCAUUCGACGAAGAACCUCGCCCCAAGAGCAACCGACCACCACCAGUAGCACCACCACCACCCUGCAUACAGGCGCCAGCAUCCUAAUAGGCCGGGACCGAGUACAUUGGGAAACGCCGGCAAGCAGCCUUAGCCUCGACGAGCGCAUCCGAUCAUUCUACAGCACACACAUCUACCACGGCCAACCCCCGGGAAACACAGGGGCCGGCACGGGGGUGCUGAUCUCGGCACAAAUGUUUGGCGCAGAGGUCAAGGGCAACCCCACCGAGAGCGAGGCCGAUGUAGCGGCGGAUCGGUCUGAUGAAGACCCCCUGCCGCCGGGGUUGCACCGUGUUAUUAGGAUGCCUGCAGGGGAGGCUGGAGGGAAACCGACGGAGUCGGAGGAGGAUGUUAAGGCGGAUAGAGGGGAUGAGGUUGAUCCGUUGCUUCCUGGGGUGGGGAGGAAGAAUUUGGAGUGAUGCAGUGGCUGGUAUUUGAGGAUUGAACAUGGGGUUUGAGAGGGAGGGGUUUCGGGGUCUAGCUGGAUCUUCAGCUAGGACGGAAGCUGGCUUAGAGUACGGGGAUAGUUGUGUUUAUGGCUUGGAAGGCCUACCUGAUGUUGGCUUGAAUUCAGGUAGGUGGGUAGUGUGACGGUUGAGAAUUUGGUGGAAGAUUGGCGAAAUACCCAAAAGGUUGAUGGUUAAGGUUGGGGGGGAUUGUUUGUAUCAUGAUAUUGAUUUCAUGAGUACCUACAGCACCGAUCACGAUGUUGUUGAACAUACUUCUUGGUGUGUAGUGGAAAGUUAACGUCAACUUGAAGUAUAUCUUUUCUCCGG